AUCCCAGCGGCCUUUGAGCGCGUAAUUUUAGCCCUGGCUGUAAACGAGGCUGCGCCGGCGGCUGCUCCCACUCAGCAGGCGGCAGGAGGUGGCACGGAGGUGGCACGGAGCUCUGUCACAAUUUGUGCAACCGUACCCGGGAGCGUGGUGUAAGUCACGCAGCCUAGAAACACAAGAAGUCAGACCCAUCACCCAAAAUCAAACAGCUCUGAACUUUAGAGCAGGUGACACCCAGGCAGACGAGCCAUGCUGGCCAACAACGUCUCAAGGCAAAAGCCCUGCCAACACUGCAACCGCAGGCCAGCUUCAGCUGCACCAGACACCUCCACAAUCCACUAUGAAAAGUCCUGGCUGUACCGUCACUGCUCUUCACUGGUGCAGGGGGACAGGCAGUCUCAGAAAGCCGGGCAGCUCUUCUCAGGGUUGCUGGCCAUGAACGUGGUGUUUCUGGGCAGCGCCUUCCUCAGCAGCAUGAUUUUCAACCAUGUGGCCAUCACGCUGGCAGAUGUCUGGAUCCUGCUCUCCAUCCUCAAAGUCUUGUGCCUGUGCUGGAUUAUCUACUACUUGCUGGGCACCAGCCGGCAACCACAUGCAGUGCUGCACCGGGACUCCCACGCCGGGCCGAUCUGGCUUAGGGGAUCACUACUGCUGUUUGGUGCUUUCAGCGUCCUCCUGAACGUGUUUGAGAUUGGCUACAGCGUAGUUCACAUCCAGUGCAAAUCCCAGGUGCAGAUUGUGUUCCCCAGCAUUGAAAUCCUUUUUAUAAGCACCCAGACUCUUUUCCUGUGGCAUCACUCUAAGGACUGCAUUCAAGUCCAGCACAACCUCACCAGAUGCGGGCUGAUGCUGACCAUAGCCACUAACCUCCUCCUCUGGCUCUUGGCGGUGACCAACGACUCCAUUCACAAGGAGAUCGAGUCUCAGCUACGUGACGUGGAGCAGCGACUUGCAGGUAACGAGACCAUCUCAUGCACGUGCCCAAACACAACUGCCUGCAGUAUCUUCCAGAAGGGCUACAUCCUGCUCUACCCUUUCAACACCGAGUACUGCCUCAUCUGCUGCUCCAUGCUGUAUGUCAUGUGGAAGAAUGUGGGGAGACGCAUCAGCCACCACGACGCCUCUCAUGUUAAGCGCAAAUUCAAGCUCCAGGGCGUGGUCUUUGGACCACUGCUGGGUGUCACUGCUGUGAUCGUUGGGAUCUGUGUCUUCAUGAUGUACCAGAUCCAGGCCACUGGCUCAGCACCCAACUACCAGAUCUUCGUGAUGUAUUACUCCUACUACAUUGUGCUCCUGCCACUGAUGAGUGUUGCUGCAGUGAUCGGGACAAUCAUCCAUGCCUUGGAAAAAAGGGACCUGGACACGCUGAAGAACCCAACCCGCAGCCUGGAUGUGAUCCUGCUGAUGGGGGCAGCCCUUGGCCAAAUCGGCAUGUCCUACUUCUCCAUUGUCGCCAUUGUGGCCACUGACCCCAGGGACUUGUUGAACAGCCUCAUCCUGUCCUAUUCAGUCCUCCUCAUCUUUCAGCACAUCACCCAAAAUGUCUUCAUUAUUGAUGGGCUCCACAGGCAGCCAUUUGUAGAUGCAAUUGAGACCAGACACGCUGGACAUGCUGGGCAGCACGCAGUAGGUUCAGAGCCCCCCCAUGAAGAGACAGCCACAUCAAACAGCAAACAGGACCACACACAGCCCCCUCUCAGCAAAGAAGAGGAGUUGAAAGAAGAGUGGAAUCAUGAAGCCCACAACCAGAGACGAGUGAGUGUGCUGGAGCUGGGACAGGAGAUCCGGAGAGUUUCUCUAUCAUACAUUCAUACCUACUCUCACCUGAGCUGGAAGAGGAAAGCAUUAAGGGAGAUCGCAUUCUUCCUGGUUUUGUGCAACAUCAUACUGUGGAUCAUGCCCACAUUUGGGGCUCACCCUGUGUUCGAGAACGGACUGGAGAAGUCAUUUUACGGCUAUUCCACCUGGUUUGUCAUCGUGAACUUCGGCCUCCCACUGGGUGUGUUCUACCGGAUGCACUCUGUUGGGGGACUCCUGGAGGUCUACAUCUCAGCCUGAGCUAGGCCGACUGCUCCCCCCAGACACUGGGGUAGAAGGAUGGGGCUGAACAAAGAUGUGGUAAGCUGCAGACAUGCACAUAGAAGGCUUUCAGCUUCUUCCUUCCAGCUUCUGCUUUGACUUCUCCUUACACAUCCCCAUGAGUUUCAGAAGAGGAGGAUGUUUUAUAUUAUCACUUUUCUCCAUAGACAACAGAAUCAACACCCACACACAAACUGUUUUACUGAGCUAAGGAAGCACACUAGUAC